UAUCUGGUUAAAGCAUCAGAGGGCAAUGGUCCUCAGGGGGAGGCUGGUCCUGGGACUGCACACCUUGAUGACCCUCCUGAGCCCCCAGGAAGUUGGGGCCAUCAAGGCUGACCACAUGGGUUCCUACGGACCAGCCUUCUACCAGUCCUAUGACGGUGCAGGUCAGUUCACCUAUGAUUUUGAUGGAGAACAGCUGUUCUCUGUGGACCUGAAGAAGAGGGAGGCUGUGUGGCGUCUGCCUGAAUUUGGCAACUUCGCCUACUUUGACCCGCAGAACGGGCUGGUCAGUAUCGCGAUGAUCAAAGUGCAUCUGGAGGUCUUGGUGGAGCGCUCCAAUGGCACCAGAGCCCCCAACGUGCCCCCCAGAGUGGCUGUGCUGCCCAAGUCUCGUGUGCAGCUGGGCGAGCCCAAUGUCCUCAUCUGCAUCGUGGACAACAUCUUCCCCCCGGUCAUCAACGUCACCUGGCUGCGCAACGGCCAGCCCGUCACCCAGGGCGUGACCCAGACCAGCUUCUACGCCCAGCCUGACCACUCGUUCCGGAAGUUCCACUACUUGACCUUUGUGCCCUUGGCGGACGACUUCUAUGACUGCAAGGUGGAGCACUGGGGCCUGGACCAGCCGCUCUUUCAGCACUGGGAGCCCCAGGUGCCCACCGUGCUGCCUGACACCACAGGGACUCUGGUCUGUGCCCUCGGCCUGAUCCUCGGCCUGGGGGGCUUCCUCGGGGGCAUCACCCUCAUCAUCACAGGCACGUGCCUGUCCAGCGCCCCCAGGUGAUGACCCUUCUGAGAGAAGCAAGUGUGAGACACCAUUCAGCUUC